GGGGAGCCAGCGGUCAGUGGCUAUUGGACUGUCGAGAGGUUCGCUCUCUCCAUCUUUGCACUCCGACAAGCGGUUUCACCAACUUGUUCUCACACCAUUUGUGUCUUUGAGUUGAAAUAUUUCGAAGCCGAUGCAUUCCUAGACUUUCAACUGAAUCUUAAAGUAAUGGACAACGACGAAAACGUGACCAUGAGUUCUCGGCCGUAAGUGAGAUCAUCGUUUGUGAUUAGGCUGUGGGAAAAUACACCGACCACAUGUGUUGUUGCUGCUUCCCCAUUGUGACUAUGGUGUGACCCUGGAUUAAUUAUUAUGUUCUUCAUUUCAAACAGAAUUGAAGGAGAAGAUAUUUGACGGAAAAGAAGAAACGCGGGAGCGGGGGAGUCUUCUCUCCUCCUCCUGGUCCGCCAGACCGUGCAGCGUCCAUGGCCAGUCCCGAGGGCAGCAAAAAGGGAUCAUCGUCGGGAGGUCAACAACAACGUCGACGGAGCCACGGUAACAGCCACAACAACGAGAACAGCCCGCAGAGCUCAGCCAACUCUUCAUCCAGUCAUCAUCAGCUGAGUCUGCGGGCGCCGGUGAUCCGGCACCGCGAUCCCAAGGCUCCUGUCGUCAUCAGCGGCUGGCUCUUUAAACAAGGCAGCGAUGGCCUCAUGUUGUGGAAGAAGCGAUGGUUCGCCCUGUCGCAGUAUUGCCUCUUCUACUACGACGGUCCCGAAGAGGAGAAAGUCUUGGGUUCGUUGCUACUCCCCGGCUACACGAUCCGUCCGUGUUUGGCGGGCGAUCGGGACCGUUUCGUUUACCGCAAAUACGCCUUCAAAGCCGAACAUCGCAACACGCGCAGUUUCUACCUGGCGGCCGAUUCUCGCCCGUCUAUGAUUCAGUGGAUGAACGCCCUCAGUCUGGCAGCCAUCUUGCAAGAUUCCAAGAGCCUAUCCAUCACAGCCGAGUUGAAUAGAAGCCAAUUGGACGAGUCUACGAGCAGUGGAUCCGUCGCUCUCAACGGAAGUCGCCGUUCUUCCAAGGCCGUCGCAGAGAAUAAAGGGGUUGAUGCGUCGUUCGACUCCACGGCACCUGAUCAACCGACAGGUCAAAGGCAGCCGUUGUACGCCAACGCUCCGCCUAAACCGCGCCGGGCAUUAAACACGAGCCGGGACUCGCACUGUUCCAGUUCGCCGGACCGAUCACCGGAACGUCCCGCAGUAUUGGCCUCGUCAACGCCGGCCGCGGUAGGAGCUGCGGGAUCAUCCGCGUUUGAAUCGCAAAACAAUAAUCGCACGUCAACGCCAUCUAGCGGCAUGUACGGACACCACCAGCAAGUGGCUGUCCGCCAGAUGCAGCGCGGCAGCCAAUUUCACAACGGCAGUCGGGUCUGGCCUCAUCAUCAGAAGCAACAACAAGCGCACGUGCCACAAAGGCCCGUCUCGGCCGAAGUGACGACGUUGAUGCAGCAACAGCAACAACAGCAGACGAUGAUGAGGCACCGGAAUAGUCCCCAUCAGCCGCAGGCCGAAAGACGAACGCCGGACGCGUACGGCCGCUUCAAAACCGAGUACGAAGAUGUGUACAACAACAGCAGCACGGCCAGCUCGACGAAUUCACCUCAAAUGCCAACGACCGGAGCGACACCGGCCAAUCCGUCCUCCAAGGGAUUUGUGGUGGCGCACAGGAGCGAAGUGGCCCGUCGAGUGCCGCCUAGGCCGCACAGUGUAGAUUUUCUUCAAUACCCUAACGUGUCGGGCACUCCGCCGCUGCAGCAGCAACCGCCCAGUGACUAUUGGUCUUCGGAACAGAAAUACGCCCAGCAGGUGCGCCAGUCCGUUAUGCGCAAUUAUCCGCGUGACCAUCAGCCGACGGACAGUGUUCAAGUGGCGUCAAAGGAGCCGGAACAACCACAACAACAACAAACGAUUCGUCGAGUGGUGCGUGAUCCAGCGGAAAUAUCUCGUGACGUCAAAGAGAGCGCCCUUUGGUCGUACGUCCAAGCGGCUGGGCAAGCCCAUUCAUCCGGUGCUCACCACCGCCCACCUACCAAAACAAAUAUGUCCGCCUCGCAGGAGAAUCUGAUGGCGGAAGAAUCGCUGGCCAUUUAUAAUCCAUGCGAAGGGCAGCUGCAACAACAGCAACUCUUUCACCGUUCGGCCAGCGCCCGUCUGCCCAGAAUUGCGAAACAGCAGCCGGAUUUGCUCAAUUCAUCGCUGGCCGAUCACCCGCUCGAACUGGAUAAUAAACGCACCGAACAGAGGGAGGAAUCAAUGAAACGCUUGCUGGAAUGGAAGCAGAGGAUGUUGCAAUCACCACUGACGAGGAAAAGUGGCAACAGUGUCAUCAGUGGAGGAAGUGGCGCCCGGAGCAGUGAACGCAGCACGCCAACGACGGCCGAUAGAGACGCUCCUUCUCCAAGGAUGCGGAUCGACUCUCCUCUUCAUCCUCAACAGCAGCAACAACAACAACAGCCAAAUCCCAUCCAGCUGACGGAUUAUGGAAACGCAAACGCCGGUAUGGGAAAUUUCGCCACGAUGAGGCGAACGGUGGCCCGGGCGGCGCAAGAUCUGCUCCAUCAAGAGCAAGUGUAUCAACAACAACAGCAAGAGCAACAACAGGAGCAACCUAGCCCGCUGAACGUGGCCUUUCGCGCCUCUCUGAAACGGCCGGCCGCCAACGAGAAGAUCAAAAUCCAACUGGACGAGGAAGCCGACGUGCGCAAGGAAUUCACUUACGAAUACGUUCUGACGGAACCGUCCCGAGAGGCGGACGGAGCUUCGUGCCAAGAGCCGGAAGAUGCCGUUCCAAAAGUAUCAUGGCCCAGGCCGUCGUUGAUGAGAGAGAAGUCGAGCGCCGUGGCCGAUUUGAGGGCUCGCAGUGAAAGCCCUUCAGCCAAUCGAAUAUUAUUUUUGAAAGACGUCCAAGAAGCUCAACAGAUGUCACCGCUGAAAGCCCGUCCCAAGCCGCCGCCCAAGCCGAGCCUUCACGACUUGCAGCAGGCGUUCCAGAUCAAACGCAAUGGAUUAAUGACCCAUCAUCACAUGAUGAUGCUGGAAGAGGCUCAGCUGUCGAUGGAUCAACAGCAACGUUUGAGCUACGCCGAGUCUCUGCCGGAAUCGCUGGCCGGUUUCGCCGCGACGAUCGUCUCGGAGGACGGAAUGAGUCCUUGCCCGUUCGAGCCGACCGUUUCGCCGCUGAUUUCGGAAUGCGACUGGCCGCACAACACGACCGGAACGGGCUCGUCUCCGGCACCUCUGCCGGACUUGAUGUCCCUGGCCUCGGUGACUUCCGGCCAGUUGCGGAGUCGCAGUCGCAGCUGCGGCGGAAGCGUGCACGCGCCAUCCGAGAAUCUCUACAUGAACACGCAGAUGGCCGAACAAGAGGCCGAUCAAUCUGGAUCAGCAUCGGUCAUGGAAGAUCAUUAUCUGCCCAUGACGUCGACUAAAUUGGUGUCUGCUCGCUCCCCUCCGCCGCUUCCGGCCGCCAAUCAUUAUCAUUUUGAGGAGAACGCCUACGUCGAAAUGACGGACAAUGGGAAAAUCAAAAUUUCGCCACCUGGCGGCAGCGCUGCGAGCAAUCGCGGCGGAGGAGGCUGCAACGGCAAACCUUCCACGUCCGUCUUUGCCGGAGUCUUCGAUCCGUCCUACCGCUCGCCGGAGAGCCCCCGCUACAGCGAAAUCACCGAUUGUCCGGUGACCGUCAGACAACAACAACAACAAGAUGAAGACCAGCCGCACUACGAAUUCAUUUACAAGGCGUCCAGCCAAGCGGAGCCGGUCUACAUGGAAGUGCCGCAAAGCGAAGAAGCGGAAGAAGAAGAAAAGAGGAUCAAAAAAGAGGACGGUGCGGAUGAAGGACGAAAAGCGGAUGGCGAUGGGGAGCGAGGAGAAGAAGAAGCGGAAUCGACGCAGGAACGUCAGACGAGCAGCGCGCUGGACACGACGGCCAUGGAAGAGAUGGAUGACGGCGUGCGAUCGCUGGAAUUGAUCAUCACCCCGCCCCGACAUCCGCGUUUCAGCAUAUCGGACACGUUCCGGCCGGCUUCCUAUUUCCUGAGGUUAGAAACGAUUCCGGCGACGGAAGAGAACGGCCUGGACGAUCAAGUUUAUGGACAGUCGGACGAUCAAUCGGAUGGCGAACUUGUCUCUCCUCCGCCCAUUCCGACGAGUCCGCCUCCGACGGAUCACCAACACCACCACCUCCAUCACCGGCCGCCCAUCCAUCACAGCCGGAGUCAGAGUUUGGAUACGUCCCAGGACUAUUUUCAAGGACGCACGUCCCGGAAUAGCAUCGCGUCCGAAUUGAACCACAGCGUGUGCGGCCGGCCGCCUUCGGAUUUGUCCCAGCGGCGGAGGCCGUUGACGAUCGUCCGCAGUUUGGAGGAUUUGCUGGUGGAUUCCAGCGACGAUCACCUGGCCGCCCUGACGUCCGCGCACAACACGUCGCGAAUAUCUGCCGCGUUCCAGGGCAGCACUCAGAGCUUGGCUUCCAACGGAAUGCGCAACGCUGAUUCGUGGAACCAACCGCUGUACGAGAAUGUCUCGCAGCCCGUCGGAGGGCACGUCCGACAAGCGUCGAGGAUUAGUAUCGCGUCGAACGCGAGUCGGCGGACGAGUGCCUCUCCAGCCGGAUCGAUGCACAUGGAACAGCAGCAACAAGCGCAACCGCAGCAGCAGCAGCAGCAGCAACAGCGAUCGCGUUUAGGAUCGGUCCUCUCGCUCAAUUCCAACUCGUCGUCCGUCUGCCGGAGCGAACAGAGCGCCGGAGCGCCUUAUUACUACUCUGAUUUGCUGGGCAAAACAACGGCCACUCCGCCGGACGUUAGUCUGGAGGACGGCAAUUGCAGUUUACGUUCGUCCAGUUCCAGGAGCGCUCAAGCGCAAGCGGCCAAACAGGCCUAUCAGCACAGCAUGGAUCGACUGCGCGCGGUCCAGAAAAGAUCAUCGCCUCAGGACUCGACGCCUAAAUUGGGAAGCACUUCGAAUUUAGAGUGCCAUCACACGUCGGCUCAGACGCCCACCAGUUCCGGUCAAUCGCGUCCGGAGCCGAGACAGCUAUUGGAAACGUUGCGCAAGCAGCAACAGCCCAACCAGCCAUAUCAGAGAGCUCAAACGCCCGAUUUGCUGGCCAACCAUCCGGAACAAGAUUCGUUUUAUUACGCCAAUGGAAGAGGAACGGCCGCGAGUCGUCCAUCACCUGCCGGCGAUGUGAUGCGUCGCGUCCGCUCGCUCGAAGGCCUACUGGAUGAGGACGCCAAUCGAUCCGUGCCGAGAUCGGAAUGGACGGACUCUUCGCAUCCCAAUCGAUCAUCGGUGGCCUCCCACGCGAGUUACGUGACCAACGGAUCGAACGGCCACGUUCAUCCGCCGGUGGUAGCGGCCGAAGCGCCGCGUUACGCUCGAGAUCCGACGAUGCGGAGCCACGCUGCUACGAAGAGCCUUCCGGCGCGGGCCCGCUCGCCGCCAGGUAGCGCGUCGGGCGACUUUGUCGGCGGCGAAUUCUCGCCCUGGGACGAGGACCAAUUGUGGCGCGAUAAGUUGAGACGGGCCAGUAUCCGGCACACGCGCUCGAUGGACAUGCUGGACGAGAUCCAUCAUGACGCGGGCCAGACGAACGGCAAAUCUCAUCUUGCUCCGGCCGACGAAGAUUGCUACGAGCGAUUGCUCCAGUACUCGGCCACCCUGGAGCGGACCAAGCGCGGCCAGACUUACCUGGACGGCUACACUUGGGACGAGAUGGAGCAGCGAUUCCGCAAGCCGGGCCGUACGAAAUCGCCGAAAGAAACGGCAGGCCUGCCACCUUUGCCUCCGCAGCUGGUGCCUCCGCCCAAUCAAGGGACUCCGUCCAACAACAACAACAACAACAACAGCAAUGGGUCGCAUCCUUUUUUAGAGGACGGCCUCCCCCCUCCUGCUUUCGAAAUUGACCGCGAGAAAUUGCGUCAAUGGGAUCUCAUGUCCACGGCGCCCGUCCCGGCGCAGCCGGACAACCGAGCCAUCAACAAGGAGGGAGGGAGGCGUCCGGCUGCUGAGACCAGUAGCAACAACAUAACGAAGGCCGUCCACUCCAAAUCACCCGUACCGCCAUCAUCAUCGAGCGAUGCAAUUAAUCGAACAACAACAACAACAACAUCAUCAUCAUCACCAUCACCACCAACACAACCACCACCCCCUGUCCCUUCCACACCAAUCCAGGCCAUCCGUCCGUCCCCGUAUCACCAGCCAGUGCUACCGCCCGACCUUGUCCGCACUCCCGGUGGAUCGAGCCCCGUUGAUGCUGUGGCGGCUGGACUGAAUCAUGCGACGACAGGAGCAGCCGGCAAGGCAAUCAACGGUCUCAAGGUGGCCUAUAGCCAGAGUGGUUUGACGGGCAAAGUUUCGUCCAGUUUAGUGACGACGCAGCAGCCUCCGUCAAGCAAUCAGAUGAUGACGGGCGAGGUCUAUCACUCGGACACGGACGUGCCGCCUAAAAAAGGUAAAUUACCUCCGAUGAUCGGUCACGACCAGCCGUCAACCAACGGCAACCGCGCGGGUGAUAAUAAAGUGCAGCUGUCGGCGGGAGACCUGCUGGGCCGGACACACGAGGAGCUGGUCUUACUCUUGAUCCAGCUGAGGCGCCAGAGCUCGGCUUUGGUCAAAGCACGCGACGCCUGCCUACUGGAAAUGGAGAGCCAGGUCAAACUUGCUGCGCUCGACAUUUCUCACCGGCAAGAAUGCCUGAUCAAAACAGGCGAAUUGAAACACCACGUCAAGGAGCUCGAAAAACAACUGGAGAAAUUGAAACCCAUGAUUAGCUUGGUAGAUAACAUGGUCAAACUCGGUUCGUCGAUGUCACCGCAGCGACACAAGAAAUUGCCCAAACCUGAAACGAGCACGGCCGUCAAGCGGAAUUUAACUCCGAUGCUUCACCAGCAACAACAGCCGAAGUUUAAAACAUCGCCUUACGAACCGCCGGCGUACAGCAACGUCCAGCAGCAGAGGAACGCGACGAUGGUGUUCCAUUCGACACCGAAUCGCGCGGCCGAUAACGACGCGGCCAACGCGUUUUACGGUGCGUCCGUUCAAGGGUGGCAGGAGGCGCAGAUCUCGCAGCUCGAAUCCAAACAUCACCAGCUGGCCCAGCUGGAGAAGUUUGUGCGCGAAGAGGGCGCGGCCAUCCAUCGGUUAACGCGCAAUCAGCAAGUUUUGAGACUGGCCAUUCGGGGAAUUCGUCAGCAGACCAACACGGCCCUGCAAACCGCCGAUUAUGGCGAGGUGGAGCGUUGUCGUCAACAGCAGCUUUUCCUGGAACGUGAACUUAGCCAAAUCCACUCGUUACUGGCACUCAGCUCCAAGCGAUUGGAAGACGCCGCCGUGGAAAUCAGUCGAAUAGAGCGGGAAAUAUCCGCACUUCAUCAGCAACUACAUCGCGUCGGAGCCAACAAUCGUCAACAUCAAUCUGCCGGGAGUGGCAAUCACUCGCUAAACAGGUCCAGCAACAACGGCAGGGAAAUGGUGUGGCUCGAGGCGGAAUUGAAUCGUGUUCAACAGCACGUUUCUCAACUGCAGAACAAGCGACAGGAACUCAGCGCUCAAGUCAAUUGCCUGACGUCGGCCGAUUACUUCCUCGAUCUCGACGAAUCGUUUAGCAGCACCGGAACGGCCAAGCGCAAACCCAUUAGCACAUGGUGUGAAACGGAUCUAGACUCGCUGAACACGAUCGAUCGUUUAACACGGAACCAAGAUCCAUCGGCAAUGUAUUUCAAUACUAGCGCUGGAUCGCAGCACUAUCAACAGGAACAAGAGCAGCAACACGAGCAACAGUACCAGUACGACGACCCUACGAUGCCUGUAGAUAUCAGCGAAGCGGAUGAGCGGAUGAAACGAUACUACGGUAUCGUACCUAAACAGCAGCAACAGCCGGUGGCUCCUAGCGCGGCAGACAAGGCCGAAAUCCGCACGGUGCGCAUCGUCAAACGCGAGUCGGAGAAGCGCCAACGCGACAAGACGAAGUCGCGUUACGACGACAAUUCUUUCGCCAUGGACGAAUUGGCCGAAGAGGAUCAAGCGCACGGCGGCUCGAACGGCUUCUGCAGCGAAGAUCCCAUCAUGGAUGAUCCCGUUCUGUCGCAGUUUAGCCACGUGCUGACGCUGCCGAGGCGUGGCAGCAAGCGGGACGAGCAAGGCAGGCGCUCCCUGUCUCAGCGCAAUUCCAUCGCCAUGACGGAAACUCCAGCGGAUGCACGAACUCAACCUCCCGGCCCAGAUCAGUGGAAGGGCUCUCUUCGUCCGCGUCGCAACAUGUCUUCGUUGUCGCUUGGCGAUCGUAAUUCGUCCACCAGCUUGGACAUGGAUACUGCCGAGUCGAUCGAAGAAGGACUGGGCAGUCUGGAUUCGACUCAGCGCUCGCCCGUCCUUACCCCCGUCUAUACUAGCGAUGCGGCUCGUGAAAUCGUCGAAGAAAUGCGCCGACAGGACAUGAUAUCGGCUCGGCGUGCAGUACCCCGGCAUAAAAGACGCCACAUAACCAUAUCCUGUAGUCAACCCCUUGUCUUAGAAGCCCUAACCUCUGAUACGCGCAUGACGCAAGGACGGGCCAGAGAUGACGUGGAUUUGCAGAGAGCGUUACGCUUUCAUCAUCCGUUUGCUCCGGACGUUGUCCGAUCGACCAUCACGCAAGCCAUCCGCAUUAACGAGAAGACGAUUGAUAAUAUACUUUGCGCUCCCGAUAAAAUCGUCAUUCCCGAGCGUUACGUGCCCGAACAGGAAGUGGAGGAACUCGGCGAAGAGGAGAAGCAAAAGAGGCUCAAGAAAACCGAAUCCAUUCGACGCAUGCUGACGGGCUAUUCGACUGGUGUUGAUCUUCCACGACCUCCCUCCAUCGCUGCUGCCAACGACAUUGUAGAACUGUCGGAAGCCAAACAGCUGCUGGCCAAGGAGCGUCAGCAACGCGAUCAUUUCAUCGGCCUCAACCAGAUGUUGGUCGAGGAGAUUAAAGAGAAGAGCAAAAUGGCAGCAGUUCACGCUUUGGCCAACAUGAAGUCGCGACGGGAGCACAGCAGCGAAGAGGAAGACUGGUCACCGCCCGCCGAUCCAUUGCCCAUCUAUCAACAGCGCUACAACUACCUCACAUGAACUGACAUGGUGGGACGACGACAGUGACGGGCGUCGUAGAUGAGCGCGAUCUUGUAGAUGAUUUUUUAAAAGAAAUAUUUACAGGCGCAUAUUUCUUUAGGAUUUUUAAAAAUGUGUAUCUCAACCCGCCUACGGUUGCGGGUUAAUGAACCCGCUCCAGAAUUAGAUUGGCCAAAAUUUUUGUCGUCAGAUUAAUUGAAAUAGAAAAUCCUAAGUAAUAACGAAAACGUAGUGGCCUUGUUGCAAAUGAUUCAAGGGUAUUGACGUUACGCGAUUGUGUUGUUGAUUGUUAUAAAUAAUCACGUUUUAAAACUUUUAAGGCAGUUUGGUGAAUCGUUGUGUCCCUCUUUCCUUGUAUGUUGACUAGGGCGAAUGGAGUUUGAAUUAUUGUGAAGGGACAUUGCCUUUUUUUUUUGUUUGUUUUUGGAACCGACUGGCACGAUGCCCAGUGCCCAGUGUUAAUGGCCCGUUUCACGUCAUCUUUGUUCAAAUCAGGCUUUAAUCUGCCUGUUUUUUUUUUAUCGAUUUUUUUUGUUCUUGAUUUUUUUUUUUUUAUCUCUUUAUAUAAUUGACGCGGCGUAGUAUUAAGGCCAUUAUAUAUCCAUCGUCGCUGCAGCUUUAUUUAUCUUCAACGGACUUUAUUGUUAUUUUGACCAAUGCUGAUUUACUGACUUGACACAUAUUACAUCCUGCCUGUUUAUGAAUAAACAGAAGUGAUAUAAAAAAAA